UUUUAAUUCAAUUAAAUAUACUAAAAAUGUUUUACUAUAAAAGUACUUUCCCUUUAUUUUCAGAUAUGAAUAAACAGUUAUAUGUUUCUCUUGUGCCAUUAGACUCAAGUUAUUGCCAAAUAAAUAAUAGUACAGAUCACAACAAAGAUAGUAAUCAUUGUUCAUCAGACUCUUCGUUUUAUUCCUCUUCUGACAGUGAUUAUGAUUCCAAUUGUAUAGAUAAAAAUAAAAGAAAAAUUAAAGAAAAGAAAUAUAAAGAAUUUAAAACGAAAAAAUUAGAUCCAGACUACAGGUUGAAGAGAAGAAGAUUAUUAACAUCAACCACAGCAUCUUCAAGCAGACUGACUAAUUUAAAACGAAUAAAUUAUAAAGAAGAUUCAGAUGUAGAAAUUUUAAAUGUGUUUAAAUCAAGUACAAAAAAUCUUGAUAAUGAUAUAGAUUCAGUUACAGAGGAUUCUUCAAAGAAAGUUAAAAAAAAUGGAAAUUUAAGUAAUAAAAGUGAUAAAAGUAAUGGUUUACCAGAGUGUGCAGCUAAUUAUGAUAAUUCUUUUCAAGUAAAUUCUCAAUCUUCAAAAUGUGAAAAGGAAAAUAAUUCCAAGAUCAAAAAUAGAGAAAGAAAAAGUAUUAAAUCAACAAAAUCCAAAAAGGAGAAAAAUCGUAUUGCAUUAAAAUAUAAAAGAAUUCAAUAAACUAUGGGAUCACAAAUUGAGUUUAAUGUUAUUUGAAGUGUGCAUGUAUAAAUAAUUUUGAAUGAUUAUAUGGAAAGAGAUAUGGUAUUAUGAUAUGAAAAAGGAAAAAUUCUUACAGUAUAGCUGUUGAAAAAU